AUGGCAAAUCGAUCGUCGAAAGGGCUGUUGAGCAAGGAGACCCGGAAUUAUUUAACGAGCACGCACUUCUGGGGACCGGUGUUCAACUGGAUGAUACCCAUAGCGGCCGUAUACGACACGCAAAAGCAUCCGAGAAUCAUUAGCGGCAAAAUGACUCUGGCGUUGGCUUUGUACUCCAUGGUGUUCAUGAGGUUCGCCGUGAGGGUGAAGCCGCGGAAUUUGCUGCUGUUCGCGUGCCACUUCGUCAAUAGCUGCGCGCAGCUCGUACAGGGUUACAGGUUUAUCGACUACCACUAUAUCUCGCAAGGAGCGGCCCAUGACAGAGAGACACCUGUCCUCGUGGAAAAAAGGAAGUGA